AUGAGCAACCCACGGUAUACCCCAACGUCAGACGGACUGUCUCCCGGAACAACCCCGCACUCCACCCGAUCACAGCUGACUCCCGCGCUCGACACGACAACAAACACUCCUGUCCUACUAAAACAGCCUCUCGAACAGCAAACGGGUGAACAGGAGGCUGUGAUACUCAAGAACUUGAAUGCGAGACGAAUUCCGAACGUUGUCAAUCUCCUUGAUUGUUAUGUCGAUGAGGGAACGAAACGGCCGGUUCUCGUAUUUCCGGUGCUCAAGCCGUUGCCGCCGGGGAAUUUGAACUUGAUCACUAUUGCUCAGUUCUUGAGGGCAAUGAUGGAGACCCUGGCGGCAAUCCACGAAUUAAGGAUCGCACACCUGAACCUAUCGACAGCCUCACUCAUGCUGGAUCCGGAGCACAUCGACUCCCUGACCGUCAUAUCGUGGGGCCGUGCAACCUUCCACGGACCAAGCCCACCACCUCAUCCACAUACCCCACCCCCGACCGCACACCCCCAAACCGCCACCGAAGCCCACCUUCUCGCACACCCCCCACCACCCUCCUUCACAUCCCCCGACAUCUACGCAGCCGGCUGCAUCCUCGGCCAAUGGCUCGACCCGUACCUCCCCAACUGCUCCCUCACCUACCUCCGUUCCCGCCUCGUGCGCAAAUCCACCACAACCUACAUCUCCCGCAAGCUGAUUGACCACCUCUCCGCGCAACGCAUGCAGGCCGAACCGCCCUGGAUCCCUAUUGUCGCCGACGCCGCGGACUUGCUGAGCCGCAUGCUGGAUCCGGAUGAGGAGAUUAGGAUUGGGGCGGGGGAGGUGCUGAAACACGCGUUUUUGACAAAGGGGGAGGAACAUUUUGCGGGAACGGAUUGGAGGAGUUGGAAGAGUGAGAUGGAUCGGGUGGCGGUUAGGGGGCGUCCGGCGUGGAAGCCGAGUAUGGCUGCUGAGCCGAUCAUUAGGAUGCGGGGGUGA